CCCCCACCCCCGGCUUAAUUGAGAGGGAUAAUUGAGAAGUUAAGCAGGCAUCCAGGAAUAUCCUAGAGGGAAACGUGGAUAACUUGUAGGCUACUUCAACUUAUUCUUGUAAAUACAUAUGGUAUAAAAGAUGGUUGGAGCUAGGUUCCUGUGCCCUUCUGACCUCAUUUGCUCACAGGGUGUACAUCUGUAUCAUCUGUCCUCUAGACUAGGAAGACAAGGGUCUGGGGCUCAGCCUUCUGAGAUCCCAUUUGACAAUGAACCAUGAUAACCUCAUUACUUGAUUAGAUAUUCAAGAGAAUACAUGAAAACACAGCACAUUACAUCCAAACCCACUAUUGGGAAAGUUCUGGGGUUUUUUGUUGUUUCAAUUCAUAUAUGUAAAUUUAUCUCCAAACAAACGAGAUCUCAAUCUGCACAGUUUCGAAUCCUACUUUUAACACGUGGUAGCUCCUCUGUGCCUUUAAAUAUUCUGGGUUGGUGGGGGUGAAUUUAAAAUGGGAAUGCCUAGAAUAGUUUUAAACCGGAUUUUGCUACCUUGCGUCUCGCUUGCCUGGUCCCCUCCACAAGUACCGGCCCUCCUCGCGGUGGUCCGCCGCCCUCGCCCGAGCGUGGGGGCACCGCGGGGAUUGGCGCCUACAGGGGGCGCGCAGCCAGGCCUCCCGCUCCCCGCGCCCGGCCCCGCCCCGUGCCCGCCCGCUCCCCGCGCAUUGGUGCCGCCGGCUGCCUGUCUCCGCGCUCUGGGGAGGGGGCACCGCCCGGCUGCUGUCCCUCUGCAGAGGGCUGCUCGCUCCGGUUUCGACCGUGGCUUCCCGGCUGCCGGGGCGCCCGGGCCCGCGAGCGCUCCCCCGACCUCGGCAGCAGGGUCGGCCAGGGACCCCGAGACCCCGCAGCCCUUGGUUGACCCUUAAAUAAAACAAAAAUCUAUCCAGAAAAGGGCUUUCGUGAAGAAAUUAAAGAAAUGAAAGUAAUAGAGAAACUAGGCAUUUGUACCCUGGAGAAACCACCUGAAACAGCUGUAUGGAUUGAGACAAAAGGAGUGAAUCCAUCUGGAAGAAAUUUUCCUUAGCAUGAUAUUUUUGCCCACUUUUGUCAUAAAAGGCUGCUAAGGAAGAGAGAAUAUAGUUUUCUAGAGAAAGAAAAGGUGUACUAUAAAAAUGGAGAUGACAGAUUCUGAAAUUCAAGUUGAAAACAAGGAUGAGAAGAGACAAGAAGUUAAUCCUCAGGAUGAGAGGCAGGAGGAAAAAGCAUCAAUGCUUUGCUUUAAGAGAAGAAAGAAAGCAGUCAAAGCAACGAAGCCCAAGAAGGGCUCCAAGGCUGCUGAUGUGUCAAGGAAGUGUCCCCCAGAAGCAGGCGCUUCUGUUCAGCCACAGCCAGGGGGGGCCUGGGCCUCAGUCAAACGUCUUGUAACACACAGAAAAAGGUCAGCUCCUUCAAAGCAGCCAAAGCCCUCCGAGGCUAACGUGCAACUGGAAAUCAAUGCUGAGGAUGCUGAACUUUCUAAGAAAAGGGCGAAGUCCAGACUUAAGAUUCCCUGCAUAAAAUUCUCAAAAGGGGAGAAAAGAAGGAAUCAUUCCAAAAUUAUAGAAGACACAGACUGCAGCCUCAAAGUCCAGGAAGAGGCUGAACGUUUGGAUACAAAAACUCCAACCCAGUCAGAUGACCGGGCAACGAAAACCAAGUCCACCCAGGGUGUAUGUGAGGAUGACUCACAGAAAGGGGCUGAGGAGGUCUGUGAAUCAAAUGUGAGCAACAGCGUAACUUCUCCCCGGGAGAAAGUGAUUUCAGUAGAACUUGGGUUCGACAUGGGGCAUUCUGCUGUUCAAACAGGAACACUAGUCCUUGAGAAAGACAUUGAAGUGAUUGAGGAAAAACAUAGUGUUCAAGCCCAGCAAACAAGCGCACUUGAAACUUCAGAAACAGAACAUGAGCUACCAGUGGUUUCUGAUGUUCCUCACUCACCCGAAAUCCCAGAUGAACAAAUCAUGGACGAAGUCAGAAACAGUAUCCAAGAAAGUGGACGAAAUCUGAAAGAUCAUGAAACUAGAGAGUUUGUAGCUGAAGACAGUAAGCCAAAAGAUACUGAAUUGAGUAAGGAAUCAGAUUUUAAAGACAAUGAAAUCAAUGCAGAGAAACCCAAACGAGAAGAAAGCAAAAGAAUGGAGCCAAUUGCUAUUAUUAUUACAGACACUGAAAUCAGUGAAUUUGAUGUUAAGAAAUCUAAAAAUGUCCCUAAGCAAUUCUUAAUUUCAAUUGAAAAUGACCAAGUAGGGGUUUUUGCUAAUGAUAGUGGUUUUGAGGGUAGAACUUCAGAACAAUAUGAAACACUCUUAAUAGAAACAGCUUCUUCUCUUGUCAAGAAUGCUAUCCAGUUGUCUAUAGAACAGCUGGUUGAUGAAAUGGCUUCUGAUGACAAUAAAAUAAACAAUCUUAUGCAGUGACUUAAUUUCAAGAUCCUGGGAGGGGAAAAAAUGCUUAAUGAUGAAUUAUUUUAUGUAUCUGUGCCAUUUCUUUUUCAGUAACAUGAGAGAUUUAUCAUCUGUGGAAUUUAAAGGUACAAUUCCAGCCCAGAAGUGCUAAACAAUUAAUCAAGUUGAUAAAACCCUCCAUACUACUGAAAUGCAGUAACUUCUGGAUUGAAAGAAGUCAGUUCCCACUGCAAUGCAAGGUGAUACAUGGGAAUUGCUAAAAUGGGACAUGGAGAUUGGGGUGCUCAGGGAAGGAAGAUGUAUUUAUUGAGCACUUGUGGUAUGCCAUAAACUCUUCAAUGUUCCCUGAUAUCAUAAAGCCUGGUUUAUUUUAGCAGUUCAAUCCUGUGUAUAGGUUAACAUCAUAUUCAUUUUUCAAAACUUUUUAUUUUUACAGUGCACUUUUACAUUGUGUAAAAUGGUGAAUAAGGUGAGCUGCUUUUGUGAAUGUGUGAUGUAUAGUUGUUACAGUCCUAGGCCCUAGUCUUACCUCAAGAAAUAACUAUUUUCUCAAUUUCAGCAGGAUGUGCGGAAUAUGCAUAUUUGAAUUAAAUGUGAGUGGUUUUCUUGUCUUGCUUAAGUCCCUUAGAAAAGCCAUUCACAAAUUCUUCAAGCAGGCUAUUAAUUACCAAGGACAAAGGUGUGACAAUAGGGAGUGCAUUUUCCCUUUCCAUUUUUCUUCUUCCCCAGACAGACCAGUAUAAACUCAUUUCUGCAUGGGAUCACCUGCUGAAAAGGUCAAAACCCAAAUCAAAACAACAGCAAUAAAAUUAAAGAGAGUGACGAUGAGACAUAUUAUUUUCCACCCAGAAGGCAAGCUUACCAAGCACCACACUCUUAAAGAUGACAGAGGGAGGGAUUUGUCUUAAGGAUCACUUUUCUAGAGACCAUAUUCAUCAACCUCUCCUUUAAGUGACGAGAGUGGGUUCAAAGCCGACCUGGUAGUAAAAGUCCUAGGAAAUCAUAAUUUAGUGAAAAUACUCAUUCUUGACCAAGAAUGAGCCAAGUACAUGGAUGAAUAGAAAGUGAAAAGUUAUUGCUAAAGCACAUUCAGUAUUUUUAUUGUGCCUGUUUGUUGACAGACACUGAUAAAAAGUGUUGUACGUGGAUAUUGAAAAUGAACUUCAUAAGUAUUUUAUCCAGCUAAUCCCUCACAAAAAAACCUUAAUAUAACAAGGGCUUAUUUGCAUUUUAUUCAGUUAUUUACAUUGUUGACUUCAUCAAUGAUUGUUGUAUUUUUUGAAGAAGAAUUCCAUCUUCCUUUGUGUGAAAUGGCUGUAACACUAAAACACACUUCCCUACCUCACAGGCUAGGGUUCAUAUUGUACAGUCCCCCACUUCCAAACUGAGUGACAGUGUUACUCUGAAAGUAGAUGGAGUAAUAAAGAACUUUCACUGGAGUUGUAAAGUAUUUGUUAGAGUAUUUGUACAUUCUUGGAGAAAAUAAUGUGCACUAGAAGAUUUUUAAUGAUCUGGUGACUUCUUGCACUAUUUAUGGAUUGCAUGUAGAUGUCCUAAUUUGCUCUACAGAAUUGCUUCUUGCUGUAAGUACAUAUUAAGACCUCUGGCAGAAAAACCUAACUGGACUUUGGAACUGAACCAAAUAAUGGACAUUAUUAGCCAGCUUCUUUCUGAAGUGCAAAAGUAUUCCCAAAGCCUUUCCUCAAGGGAAAAUGUGUAUAACCUUGGGGAGAAAAACCCUCCCAAACCCUUUAGUUUAGCAAAAUAAAAAGUGGCUCUUUUAAAACAUGAUCCAAGAAAUCCAUUUACUUUUAAUCAAAACAUUUUUUUAAAAAAGACUGCCAAGUCAGCCUCCUAAAAGUAAAAAAAUACUUUUUAAUAUUAAAAAAAUUCACUACAUGUGGUGCUAAUUAACUUAGCUACCAGCAAAAAUCAUAUUUAAAAGUGAACAAUUUAAAAAAAACCUGAUUAAAGUUGGUGCAUUUUACAGUCUUUUGAAGAAUCCUGUGUUCAUUUACUGCAAGGAUGGCUCAAGCUAAUAUACUUGCCUUGUAAGUUUUUGAGUAAUUUCUCAUGAAUGAGCACAAAGUAGAACACUUAACCAUUACUGAAAAAUUUUGGCAGAUCUAUUUGUGAGUUUUAAAAACAUAUUAAGUAAAUAUGUAUAAUACAAUUUUUUUUGUUAAGGAAGUAAACAUUUUAUCUAGUCCUAGGUUUCUACUUUUUUUCACUGUAGUUUGAUGUAUAUUUGGUUGGAAUGUACCAUAAUUGAUUGUUUUUUGUAAUGAGAUGUGUAUUCUACUUGCAUUCACUCUUAAGUGGUUUCUCCUUAAUCUUUUCUACUGAGAAUAUCUGGUGAAUUAAAUAAGGAUUCCAGUUUGAAAAAGGAAUCCAGAAAUUAAUUGGUCUCAAUCUGCAUAUAUCUGCUACAUGGACAAAUCCUACUACAAUGAAUUCUAAGGUGAUCCAAAUUGUUUUGUUAUGAAAUAAGCAAGAAUUAGAUAACCUAGGAGUUUCUCAUAUUUUAAAAUAGUAUUUAUUUAAAGCAGUUUGACCUUAUAUGCAAGGCAUUAAAUGAAUAUAAAUUGGUUUUUAUUCAAGUCAACCCUUUGACAAUAUUAAAGUGAUCAUUUGAAAGGUAAUUUAGUAACUCCACAUUUUCAUUUAAAUUUGCUGUGGAUAAAUGCUGCUUUUAUUGAACAUUUAUUAAUUAGCUGGCAUUCAGUUUCUCUUUGAACUCACAAAUUUACAAAGCUGGUUGGUUUAUCAGAUACUAAUUUUUUCAGCAUGUUAUCAUCCCUCUUUUAAGAGUCAAUUUUUAUUCAUUUUGCUUUACAACUCAUGAAUAUGAAAAUCCUCCUCUAUUUGAUGUAGCCCUAUUCACUUAACAUUUUCUCAAAGUACUUUAUAGGAUACAAAAAUAGUACCCAGUAACAUUUAAGUAAAAGCAGCAGAAAACAAAAGAACUUUCUAACAGAAAUUAUAUUCCCUGCCACCUCCUCCACCUCAAAGAAUAAUAAGCAUGUGGCACAAAUGGAGUUCUUCAGGAAAGCUGUCUGCAUAAUUUUCUUUCAAGAUAAUCUAUUUGACAGUACAAAGUUUGUAAUCUUAAUUGGUCUACUAGUUAGUGGAGUUUUAGAAACUCUCUGAUUUAUUUCUGAGAGGUUUUGUUAUUUUGCCAGUACAUGUGAAUAGCCUUCCUGCUAAAGGCUUUUAGAAAUAUGGAUCAUGAAAGGGCACCAGUCAAAUCUGGCUUCUACAUGCAAUCCAGAGUUAAAUUCAGAAAUUUCUAGCUUCGAGUUGCCUUAUUUUUUAUAGUUAAGAAUCUUUUUUUCAAGAUUGACAGCAGAAUUUUAAAAAUAGUUAGGCUUUAGAACCCUAUUGUUUAAAAAGAUCAUUUUUAAUUGUCCACUUUAUUCAGAUAUGUAAAUUCUACUUUCUAAUUUCAUCUGAUAUUCAAUGAAUUAGGGUUGAUUUUUCUGUUAGUCAUGCAUUUUUAAAAAUCCUUAUUUAAGGUUGAGAGUUCUUUAGGUCAAAUUCCUAUGAUAUUUUGCUAUGUAACAUGAACUUUCUUAUACAAAUUCAAAUUUUCAGUGAAUAGUACAUUUAUGUUACAUUAAAAAAUUUUUUUGUAAUAAUCCAUGUAUAGUUAACAAAAAUUAAACAGAAAGAAGCUACAGAGAAUUUAGAUGUCCUUAUUAAAUUCAGUUUGGUUCAACAUGCAUGGGAUAUAACAAGCCAAACAUUCUUUGAUAAAGGGGACGGACAGGCUCCCUGCCCUCUAAGAGGUCAACCUAGGGAGCAGCAGCCACAGGAACUGGGACUGGGGUUCAGGCAAAGAGCCACAGGCAAUGCAGCAUGAGUACCACAGAGGGGAGAAUCAAAAGAGAGCAAGUCAUUUUGCCUGGUGUGGGCAGGUGAUCUUCUCUAUAUAGGGGAAGUUUGAAAGCUCUGUUACUAAAUAGUGUAUCUGUUCUGAUUUAUGAACAGGUGCAGAAAAAAGCCUGCAUAAUGUUAUAUAUUUAUAGUAGUUCUUUGUCUGUAAAAAUGUUAAGUAGAUGAGCUAUUAUGAAAGUAGAAGUUCCAUUUUGUAUUUUUCAUUAAUAUUAUUGCUAUAUUACUAUGGACCAGAUACUAAUACUGAAUACGACUCUGUAGAAAAAGGUUUCAACCUGAAUUAAUAUAUGUGCUGCCUAUUAUUACACAAUAAAUGUUAUGUUGGCUCAUGUUUAUUUAUCCAUAUCUUUUCAGAGAAACGUGAUAUAUUACAUUUAUUUCCUAAACUAUAAAGAUCACACCAAUGAAACUACUGAGUUUGCACCAGCAAGAGUUCCCUGCUGAUUGGGUGUUGGACAAACUUUACAAUGAUGUGCCUAAAAGAGCCCACCUCCAGCAAAGAGAAACACAAACACCAGAAUUUGAAUUCAGUUUCACUGACCUAAUUCCCUCUAAGGGGCAAUUCUGACUUUGAUGCCAUCUAUCACUUCGACAGAAGUGUACUUGUUUUCAUCACCUCUUGCUAUACUCAUUGUCUUUUCUACAUUAACUGAUGAAUUGUCAAUCUUUAUGGUUUUGCUAAAUAUGCAAUCUCAUGUGAAAAUGCUUAAAUUUUCAGAUGGUGUCUUGCCAAUGGGUUUCAGCCCUGGGCAAGUUCACUAUGGAUUCAGUGUGCCCAAAGAAAUUGACAGCAAAACGUUCUUUGGUGUGAAACGGCUUAUUACCCCGCCUGUUCUCCCGGUGGUAG